CUACCCAUAGUCCGAAGGGCAAAUUCAGCUCAAAACAUGAUGAUGGAUGAAGAUGUUGAGCAGGCCAGUUUGAUGUCUUUCAAUGACAGGCCUAGGGCUUUUCCCAACAUGCGUAGUAAAACCUAUAGUCCACUGAUAUUCCGGAUUCUUAGGAAAUUAAAUGUCCGUGUCCUUUCGAUAAUUCUGCUUUUCUGCUUUGGAGCGAUCUUCUACAUAGGAGCAAGUACUUCUCCCAUCAUCGUGUUCGUCUUCACAGUAUGCAUCAUCAGCUUUCUUUUGUCAAUAUAUCUAACCAAGUGGGUUCUAGCGAAAGAUGAAGGACCUCCAGAGAUGGUUGAGAUAUCAGAUGCUAUACGUGAUGGAGCUGAAGGGUUUUUCAGAACGCAGUAUAGCACUAUAUCCAAGAUGGCCAUCUUGCUAGCUUUUGUGAUUCUUUGCAUAUAUCUAUUCCGUAGCUUAACUCCCCAGCAAGAGGCUGCUGGUUUAGGAAGGGCGAUGUCUGCCUAUAUUACUGUUGCUGCAUUUCUUUUGGGGGCUCUAUGCUCAGGUAUUGCUGGAUAUGUUGGAAUGUGGGUGUCAGUUCGUGCUAAUGUGCGGGUCUCCAGUGCUGCCAGACGAUCUGCGAGAGAAGCAUUGCAGAUAGCCGUUCGUGCUGGUGGGUUUUCAGCUCUGGUUGUUGUUGGUAUGGCUGUGAUUGGUAUAGCCAUCCUCUAUUCUACAUUUUAUGUUUGGUUGGGCGUGGAUUCACCAGGCUCAAUGAAUGUUACUGACCUGCCUCUUCUUCUCGUGGGAUAUGGUUUUGGUGCUUCGUUUGUUGCCUUAUUUGCUCAGUUGGGUGGUGGAAUAUAUACUAAGGGAGCUGAUGUUGGGGCAGAUCUCGUUGGGAAAGUUGAGCAGGGAAUUCCUGAGGAUGAUCCUCGAAAUCCUGCUGUUAUUGCUGAUUUGGUUGGAGACAAUGUGGGGGACUGUGCUGCUAGAGGUGCUGAUUUGUUUGAAAGUAUAGCUGCAGAAAUCAUCAGUGCAAUGAUACUAGGUGGAACAAUGGCUAAGAAGUGCAAAAUUGAAGAUCCAUCAGGCUUUAUCCUUUUUCCUCUAGUUGUUCAUUCUUUUGACUUGAUUAUAUCAUCAAUUGGUAUUCUAUCAAUCAAGGGAACACGUGAUGCUAGUGUGAAAUCUCCGGUAGAGGAUCCAAUGGCUGUACUUCAGAAAGGAUAUUCUCUGACUAUUAUAUUAGCUGUUUUGACAUUUGGCGCGUCGACUCGCUGGCUGCUUUACACUGAACAAGCUCCAUCUGCAUGGUUCAAUUUCGCCCUCUGUGGGUUGGUUGGCAUCAUCACAGCCUAUAUCUUUGUCUGGAUAUCCAAAUAUUAUACAGACUAUAAACACGAGCCUGUUCGAACGUUGGCUCUUGCUAGCUCGACUGGUCAUGGGACUAAUAUCAUUGCUGGGGUCAGCUUGGGCCUCGAAUCAACUGCUCUUCCAGUUUUGACUAUAAGUGUAGCUAUUAUUUCUGCGUAUUGGCUGGGCAAUACCUCGGGACUAGUGGACGAAAAUGGCAUUCCCACUGGAGGUCUAUUUGGAACAGCCGUUGCUACAAUGGGAAUGCUAAGCACUGCAGCUUAUGUCCUUACUAUGGACAUGUUUGGCCCCAUAGCUGACAACGCUGGUGGGAUUGUCGAGAUGAGCCAGCAGCCAGAAAGUGUCCGUGAGAUCACUGAUCUUCUUGAUGCUGUUGGGAACACCACAAAAGCAACAACGAAAGGGUUUGCCAUUGGAUCUGCUGCACUUGCAUCAUUCCUUCUCUUUAGUGCGUAUAUGGACGAGGUUUCAGCGUUUGCUAAUGUGUCUUUCAAAGAGGUUGAUAUUGCUAUCCCAGAAGUGUUCGUAGGUGGAUUAUUGGGUUCCAUGCUUAUUUUCCUCUUUAGUGCUUGGGCAUGCGCGGCAGUUGGUCGAACUGCACAAGAGGUUGUCAACGAAGUAAGACGACAAUUUAUUGAGAGGCCUGGCAUAAUGGAGUACAAGGAGAAGCCAGAUUAUAGUCGUUGUGUCGCCAUUGUCGCAUCUGCAGCUUUAAGGGAAAUGAUAAAGCCAGGAGCUUUAGCUAUUGCAUCACCCAUUGUAGUUGGUUUGGUGUUUCGGAUCUUGGGUUACUACACAGGACAACCUCUGCUCGGAGCAAAAGUUGUAGCUUCUAUGCUCAUGUUUGCAACAGUUUGUGGUAUCUUAAUGGCACUUUUCCUAAACACGGCGGGAGGGGCUUGGGACAAUGCAAAGAAAUACAUAGAAACUGGGGCACUUGGGGGAAAAGGAAGUGAAGCCCACAAAGCAGCUGUGACUGGUGAUACCGUGGGAGAUCCGUUCAAGGACACAGCCGGUCCAUCCAUUCAUGUCCUCAUAAAAAUGCUCGCGACUAUAACUCUCGUCAUGGCUCCGGUUUUCCUCUGAAAGUGAACCGUUACUUAUCCAUCCCGGCUUAUAUACUCUCUUGCACAUAUACAAAUAGAGAGGGAGAGAGGUUGGUUGAAAACUUAUUCACAAGGAUUAAUGGUUUUGUGUUUCAUUUUAUCUGAAUAAAUGAGAUAAUUCUGU